GAUGCACAUGGGGUGGGAGGUGCUGCCGGUCGUUGGCGGGAGAGGCAGAGUCGCCGCCAGUGUUUAGCUUGGGGCCGCAGAGGUGCGUGUGAGGUGGGGGUAGCGAGGUCUCGUCCGUCCCGGGGAAUGUGGAUUUUCAUCCUGGACAAGCCAUCAGUUCCAUGAUACCUUGACUUAGUCCACUGAAAAUGAAGCAAGAUUCUACUAGAAACAGUGCUUACACUGUGGAUUGUGAAGAUUAUGUGCACGUGGUAAAAUUCAGUCCAUUUGAGAGUGGAGAUGCAUGUUCCCUCAUUGCAUAUGGUGGCAAUAAUUAUGUAGUUGUUGGGACUUGCAAAUUUCAGGAGGAGGAUGCAGAAGUGGAAGGUAUGCAAUAUAAGACGCUAAGAACGUUUCAUCAUGGAAUCCGAGUUGAUGCCAUAGCAUGGAGUCCAGAAACCAGACUUGAUGCUUUACCUCCCCGGAUAAGGUUUUGUACUGCGGCUUCCGAUAGGAAGUUAAGGCUAUAUACUUCAGACCUGCAGGAGAAGAAUGAAUUUAAGACAUUUGAUGGCCACUCAGAUUACAUAAAUGAUCUGGUGUUUGCUCCUAAAGAUGGUCAAGAAGUUGCAAGUGUAAGUGAUGAUCACACCUGCAGGGUCUGGGAUUUGGAAGGAAAUGAGAAGGCCCAUUUUGUUUUACGUUCUCCUGGAAUGAGUGUUUGCUGGCAUCCUGAGGAGCCUUUUAAGCUGAUGGUAGCAGAGAAGAACGGAACAAUCCGAUUCUAUGAUCUAGUUACACAGCAGGCCAUUCUCUCCCUAGAAUGUGAACAAAAGCCACUAAUGUCAGCAGACUGGUGUUUAAAAAAUAAUCUUAAAAUUGGAGCAGUUGCUGGAAGUGAUUGGCUGAUCUGGGAUGUCACUCGCUCCAGUUAUCCACAGGAUAAGAGACCCAUCCAUGUUGACCGAGCCAGAUUAUUCAGGUGGUCCCGAGUUAAUGAAAAUCUCUUUGCAACCACUGGAUAUCCAGGAAAGACAAAUACUCAACUGCUUAUUCAUCAUUUAGGACAUCCCCAGCCUAUUCUUACUGGCACUGCAGCUGUAGGAUCUGGUUUGACAUGGCAUAGAACUCUUCCAUUAUGUGCAGUCGGAGGAGAUCACAAAAUUUUGUUCUGGGUAUCUGAAAUGUAAAAUAAGUAUUUACCUUGAGUAUGAAGCUUUAUAGCAUCAUGUCUCUUUUCGACUGAAACAAAUGAAUUUACGGUUUGUACUGGUAUUUAUCCACCUGGAGAAUACAAGAAAGGAGCAAGUAAAAUAUGAAACAUUUGUGUUUGAUUUUUAGCUUGCAAAUACAAGAGCUUUUGUAAAAUCGGUUAUCAUACAUCUGAUAUUUCCCUUAAAAUAAAAUGUACACUUUUUUAACAUGGU